AUGCAUGGAUUUGGUUACAGUACUUCAACCAAGGAGUACAAGGUUGUCAGCGUCUGCAAGUCUGGGAGAGACCCAAAUUUUGGAAUUCUGUAUGUCUACACUCUUGGCAGUGGCACUGGAUGGAGAUAUGUUAUGAAGAUGGACUAUGAUGUGUUAUUUCAUAAACAAAUUGGUGCAUUUGCGAAUGGAGCUGUUCAUUGGCUAGGUAAGGAAGGAACCAUUGUUGCCUUCGAUUUGGAUGAUGAAGAGUUCCGCAAACUUCCACCACCACCUUGUUUGCCACGAGAUGGUACUCGGCCAAGUUUUGGUACACUACUGGUUAUAGGCGAUGUUUUAUGCACAUAUUAUAAAUUUAAGAGAGGUAUUGAGAUAUGGUUUCUGAAGGAGAAUAUAAAUAAUACUGGGGAUGUGAUUUGGAGUCAAGAGUGUAGUCAUGUUAAUGUCAUACCGAUCACCUUUACAAAUAGUGGUUGCCUUCUAUGCUAUGAUUGUUGUGCUAAAAAUGUCUACCAUUACGUUCCCACGGUUUCAUCUUUCGACUUGCUUGGGAAUUUUGGGGGAAAUUUUCAAUUUGGAAUCCCUCACACGAACACCUUAGUGUCAUUGAAAGCAUUAGGAGAAGAAGAUACGAAACAGAUGGACAUGAAAGAGCAAGAUUUAGUGCGAGACAGAAAGCAGUAG